AUGCAGCUUAACGUUCGAUACUUACAGUUAUUACAUAACGGAAUUCGUAGACACGGUUCCGGAACACUUGAUAUGAUGUACUGGAUUCUAAAUCACGGUGUGGCAAAUGUCGAUGUCCAGGUGGUAAAAAUCGCCGAAGCCGGGAUAAGCGCGUAUUCAAAGAUGCCAUCAUCACUAAAUGCUUCGAUGACAGAUUCAAUCACAAGGGCUAUUGAUAGGACACCGAUAGAGAUUUGGACGCUCAUCCUCCUCAGUGCAAUCCACCAGUCACUUCUUCCCUCUUCCGACAAAUCUCUCCUCCCAAACAUUCACAUUUUCAACAAUCACCUGGAACACUUGGGACAAGAUACUGAAGAAACAUCCGUUAACUUCCGCAUACUGGAGAGGUCAUUAUUGCUACUAGAAGCUGAAGACUCCACGAAACAUCUCGCUCGAGUCAACUACUCUGCAGUAAAAGCCUUGACUCUUACGGAUUACCCGGAAAAUCACACACAUAUUAGUCUGUUCACAGAUCUAAGACUCCUGUCCACGUUGUACUUGGAUCCAGAUAGUAUACAGUCUACAUUUCCAACACUCCUACUCACUCUCACUCACCUUCAAGUUCCUCGUAUAUAUGUCGAACAGGACCGCGACGCGGAAGUAAACCUGGCAUUUCCGCGUCUGCAAACCCUCAAUAUUAACCUCUCUGCCCAGGUUUUAUACCGAGGCAAAAGACCUAUGACAGCUCGGCAUGUAGAUAUGAGAGGAUACAUCCUGGAUUUUUCGAACUGGUCAUUACCGAGUCUUGUCAACAUUGGGUUUUAUGGAGCAGACGGGAGGGAAGCGGAUGUGAAGGAACUUCUGGAAAGAUUGG